AUGGCUGCCUUCCCGAUCACCCUUGAACAAGCACAGGAUCUGAGAUCUCGAUUAGCAGACUCUGCGAUUGUUCUCCUUCCUGAUUCGGAUGGUUAUGACGACAGCUUGAAGAAAUGGUCCACUAUUGGGUGCCAACGCUCAGGAGUAACUGUUCGCCCAAAGAAUGCGCAAAGCAUAGCGAAGGCCGUGUUGUUUGCUAGCCACCACAAGAUCGAUCUUGCAGUCAAGGGCGGGGGCCAUUCCACAGAUACCUCCUCGUCGACCGACGGGGGAAUACUGAUCGACCUUUCCAGUAUGAAAGAGAUCAGCGUGGACGAAUCCUCCAAGCAAAUUGCCGCCCAGGGCGGAGCGUUGUGGGAAGAUGUGUAUCAAGUAACGUCGCAGCACGGCCUUGCAGUGGUGGGGGCCACUAUCAGCUGCACGGGGGUCGGGGGACUUACGCUCCGCGGGGGCUACGGAUAUCUGACCCCGCAACACGGACUGGUCAUCGAUAAUCUCUUGGAAGCCCAUGUGGUCACCGCCGACGGCAGCAUUCUCACUGCUUCUGCACAGCAAAAUCCGGAUUUGUUUUGGGCUGUCCGAGGGGCUGGUCAGAACGUUGGGGUCGUUACAGAGCUUGUCUUCCAGGCAUACGACCAAAAGCAUAUGGUAUGGAGCGGGACCAGGGUCUAUGGAAGUGACAAAUUAUCCGAAAUCCACGAGGCACUAGAUGCAGCCCUAGUUCAUCCUCACGGGAAGGCAGCAGCGCAGUGCCUUUAUUCUCUGUCUCCUCAACCAGGCAAUCCUCCUGUGGUGACAAUUGUUCUGUUUUUUGAUGGACCCGAAAAAGAAGCGAGAAGCCACUUCUCCCGACUUCUCUCAAUAGAAUGUGUCACUGACGACAUGAGGAUGAGGGAUUACGCAGAAGCGAACUCUAUGCUUAAUGCAGGAGUUCCGCCAGGAGGUCGGAAAGUCAUCUUGGGGGUGCAAUGGGUUUCCCCUGUUCGCCUGGAAUUUGCUUCAGCAGUGAUGGAAGAAGUCAGCUGUCAUCUGGCAGCCGAGACAGAUAUGUCUCAAAGUGUUCUGGUCAUCGACUAUUUUGACCAGAAACAGGCCUGUUGUACGCCCAUGGAAGCAACAGCCUUUCCUGCCCGGAGAGACACGCUGAAUGGGGCGCUUAUUCUCCAGUGGACGGACCAGGAGAAAGACAAAGAUGUCUUAUCGUGGGGGCAAAAGAUCCAGAUGAUGUGUGAGGAUGAAUUGCGACGCUGUGGUCGCACGCCUGACAAGUUGGUUUCGAACUUUCUAGGAUAUACAACAGGGGACUCGGUCUCAGCAGUGGAUAUGUUUGGCACCAAUGCCUCUCGCUUGUUGGAGAUCAAGAAGAGAUAUGACCCCCAAAACCUUUUCAAUAAGUUGAAUCCUCUUAAUUCAGGGACAAAGUGA